UUGCCCGUGGACGCCGCCGAGUAAGCAUCGUUAAAGUCUCCCCUCCCACCGCCGUCAUGUCUAAGUCAGAGUCUCCCAAAGAGCCUGAACAGCUGCGGAAGCUCUUCAUCGGAGGUUUGAGCUUUGAAACAACCGAUGAGAGUCUGAGGAGCCAUUUUGAGCAAUGGGGAACACUUACGGACUGUGUGGUAAUGAGAGAUCCAAACACCAAGCGCUCCAGAGGCUUUGGCUUUGUCACGUAUGCCACUGUGGAGGAGGUGGAUGCAGCCAUGAACGCAAGACCACACAAGGUGGAUGGGAGAGUUGUGGAACCAAAGAGGGCUGUCUCAAGAGAAGAUUCUCAAAGACCUGGUGCCCACUUAACUGUGAAAAAGAUUUUUGUUGGUGGCAUUAAAGAAGACACUGAAGAACAUCAUCUAAGAGAUUAUUUUGAACAGUAUGGGAAAAUUGAAGUGAUCGAGAUCAUGACUGACCGGGGCAGUGGCAAAAAGAGAGGUUUUGCUUUUGUAACAUUUGAUGACCAUGACUCUGUAGACAAGAUUGUCAUUCAAAAAUACCAUACUGUGAAUGGCCACAACUGUGAAGUAAGGAAAGCCCUAUCUAAGCAAGAGAUGGCUAGUGCUUCAUCCAGCCAAAGAGGUCGAAGUGGUUCUGGAAACUUUGGUGGUGGUCGUGGAGGUGGUUUUGGUGGGAAUGACAACUUUGGUCGUGGGGGGAACUUCAGUGGUCGAGGUGGCUUUGGUGGCAGUCGAGGUGGUGGUGGAUAUGGUGGCAGUGGGGAUGGCUAUAACGGAUUUGGUAAUGAUGGAAGCAACUUUGGAGGUGGCGGAAGCUAUAAUGAUUUUGGCAAUUACAACAAUCAAUCCUCAAAUUUUGGACCCAUGAAAGGAGGAAAUUUUGGAGGCAGAAGCUCUGGCCCCUAUGGUGGUGGAGGCCAAUACUUUGCCAAACCACGAAACCAAGGUGGCUAUGGUGGUUCCAGCAGCAGCAGUAGCUAUGGCAGUGGCAGAAGGUUUUAAUUACUGCCAGGAAACAAAGCUUAGCAGGAGAGGAGAGCCAGAGAAGUGACAGGGAAGCUACAGGUUACAACAGAUUUGUGAACUCAGCCAAGCACAGUGGUGGCAGGGCCUAGCUGCUACAAAGAAGACAUGUUUUAGACAAUACUCAUGUGUAUGGGCAAAAAAACUCGAGGACUGUAUUUGUGACUAAUUGUAUAACAGGUUAUUUUAGUUUCUGUUCUGUGGAAAGUGUAAAGCAUUCCAACAAAGGGUUUUAAUGUAGAUUUUUUUUUUUUUUUUUGCACCCAUGCUGUUGAUUGCUAAAUGUAAUAGUCUGAUCAUGACGCUGAAUAAAUGUGUCUUUU